AUGGCUCGUCCAGCGGCAGCGGCAGAUGCCGCAACGGCAACUGCGUCCCCACACGGUCACCGUCGCUGCGAAGAUGAGACACAGACAAGCUCGGACUUCAUUCGAGAGGGCCUGGUACGAAUAAUGAGUACCGGCGACAAUGAAGUUUUCUACAAUCCGGUCCAGGUGUUCAACCGAGACCUGUCAAUUAUGGUCAUCAAGGUCUUCGCGCUGCAGCAGCGACAGGAAAUUCAACGUAGAGGAGAGAAGACCGCAGCUCGCGCUCAGCAGGAAGGCAAAGCGGCUCCUGCGCCGCUCAAGUUUGAAGGAUUGAACGUGUUGGAGCCUCUCGCAGCGACAGGGCUGCGGUCUCUGAGGUACCUGAAAGAGCUCGGCGCCGAUGUGAAACAAGCGGUGGCGAACGACUUGGACCCCAACGCUCUUCUAGCAAUGAAAAAAAAUGAGCAUCUCAACGGCAUCCCACCGGGCAAGCUCCACGCAACCUGCAGCGAAGGCGCUCAACUGAUGUACACUCUGUCAAGGCCCGGAAACCUGCAGCACGGGACCAUCAAGAAGAUCCAGUCUCUGCCUGCGGGCAGCUCAAUCCCAUCAACAUUCGACAUGAGGCCAUCGAAUUUCGGGCCGUCUCUUCCUCCUCUAUCGCUCUUUCUUACAUCUCGAACUAGCUCCCGGCGCUGCGCCGGUGAUGACGCUGGGGUAGCUACUUCGGAAGACAACGGCCACUGCGCUGGCGAAGCCGCGGAUGCUGGGAGCAGCACCUCUGGAGGCUGCCGCGACGGUGCCGCGGACAAAACGCAAAAAAGUCCACCUUCGCUUUCGGAGAAUCCGGACGAAGGGCGGAGUAACGCAGGAGAGACGCGCCCCGAGGAUCUUCCUCUAUUCUUCGACGUUGUCGACGUCGACCCCUACGGGAGUGUCGCUCCAUUUUUAGAUGCCGCGGUCCAAGCUGUGCGCCCUGGUGGACUGCUCUGCCUGACUUCCACUGAUAUGCCUGUUCUCUGUGGAAACUCACCCGAGGUCACGUUCUACAAAUACGGAGGAGCAGCGUUGAAGGCGAGGUAUAUGCACGAAAUGGCCCUCAGACUAGUGCUGCACGCCGCAAAUGCAAGCGCAGCCAAGUACAAAAGGAUCGUAGUGCCGCUUCUUUCGUGUAGCGUGGACUUCUACGUCCGCAUCUUCGUCCAGGUUCUCGAAUCGGCGGAAGGAUGCAAGGACCUUCACAGUCAGUCAGCCAUAGUUCACCAGUGCGUAAACUGCGACAGCUUCCGAAUCCUGCCGUUGGGAUCCGAAGUCUGUGGAACGCCAAAAGAAGCUCCUGAGGGCUGUGAGUCCACCGUAAUGAAGGCGAAAGGCGAUGGCCGUAAUGGGAGGUCUGCGGGCGGGUCGAGGAAGCGGAAAGCAGCUCUCGUGGCGGAGGAGGUGAAAGGACGCUGCAGCGAGUGCCAGAGUCGCCUCGUUAUUGGCGGUCCAUUCUACAAAGGCCCUCUCUACCAGUCGGCUUUCGUUCAAGCAUGUUUAGACCUAUGCGAUACGGCAAAGGAGCUCCUGCCGGGUCUCACAAUGGUGACGCGGAUCAAGGGGCUUCUCACUGCCGUCAAAGAAGAACUUCACGAGGUGCCCCUUUAUUACCACUUGCCCACGAUGUGCAACAGGGUCAAGCUCGAAAUGAUAAAGCCCUCCCACUUCAAAGCUGCCUUAGUUCGAUUGGGCUACAAGGUGUCUCACUUUCAUCGAGAGCCUCAAGCCAUAAAGACAGAUGCUCCAGCGACGGUGGUCUUUGACAUCCUCCGGACGCACGCACAGAAGCAUCCACCGAAGGAACCAGAGAAGUUCUCUCUUCUCCAGAAAGGCAUCUCCACAAAGGACAUUGAUAUGACCCCGAUGCCUGGCGUCAACAGCCAGUCCCCCAACGUCCCUAAGUGGCUGCCCAACCCGACUCCUUACUGGGGUCCUAAAAGUCGUGCCAGUUCGCACUCAAAGCAAAAUAGGUCGGGCUGCUCCCCCAGUUCUCAGAAGAAGCCCAGGAUUGACGAGGCGGACUGCUCGGAAAACCCCUUAGUGUGA